AUGGCGGAUGAUCCGGGACAUUCUCGAACUGGGAGUGUUCACCCAGGAGAUCACAUUCCUGAUAAAUCCAUGAAACUAAAGUCUACAUGUAAGUUUACACAAAGGCAAUUAUUCAAAGAAGAACCAUUGCCCGUAGAAAGUGAGGAACCGUGGAUUGAAGAAGAAGAUGCAGCAUUAGUUGAGUUCAUAUCUCUGUACCAGGAAAAGAAAAAAAUACCCUGGCAAGCACCCCGAAAUAAAGAUUUUUGGAACAAAUGUGCAUUAGCAAUUGCACAUAGAACAAAAUUACCCCAAAAAAAAGGGAAAUGAAUGUCGAAGUCGAUGUACAAAAUACAUGAAGACAAAUUUUGGCAAUGUGGAG